GGUGUGCAGGCUGCCGGCCCCUCUCACACGCGUGUCCCCAGGUUUGUGAUCCUGUCCGUGGUGCUCUUCGGCCUGGUCUACAACCCGCACGAGGCCUGCUCCCUGAACCUGGUGGACCACGGCCGCGGCUACCUGGGCAUCCUGCUGAGCUGCAUGAUCGCCGAGAUGGCCAUCAUCUGGCUGAGCAUGCGCGGGGGCAUCCUCUACACGGAGCCCCGCGAAUCCAUGCAGUACGUGCUCUACGUGCGCCUGGGUAAGGGCCGCCCGCUCGGUGGGGGGCUGCUCCGGGACCCCGGCCUGAGGGCCACGUCCAGCCGGCUGUCUGUGCCGCGAAUAAAGUUUUAUUGGAGCCCAGCCACGCUCAUUCAUUUAUGUGCCUCUUGUCUCCGCCUGCUUUUGGGUGACAGCAGCGGAGCGGAGGAGCUCGCUGGUGAGUCGGGGUGUCCCAGCGCCUCCGCCUCCUGCUUCUCCUGCUGCCCCGCAGGGAUGGUCGUCUGCAACUGGGUGGUCAUCCUCAGCGUCUGCAUCACCGUCCUCUGCGUCUUCGACCCCACGGGCCGCACCUUCGUCAAGCUGAGAGCCACCAAGAGGAGGCAGCGCAACCUGCGGACCUACAACCUCCGGCACCGGUUAGAGGAGGGUCAGGCCACGAGCUGGUCGCGUCGGCUCAAAGUGUUCCUCUGCUGCACCCGGACGAAGGACUCGCAGUCAGAUGCCUACUCGGAAAUCGCCUACCUCUUCGCCGAGUUUUUCCGGGACCUGGACAUCGUGCCCUCUGACAUCAUCGCUGGCCUGGUCCUGCUUCGGCAGCGACAGCGGGCCAAACGCAACGCCGUGCUGGACGAGGCCAACAAUGACAUCUUGGCCUUCCUGUCGGGGAUGCCAGUGACCAGAAACACCAAGUACCUCGACCUCAAGAACUCGCAAGAGAUGCUGCGCUACAAGGAGGUCUGCUACUACAUGCUGUUCGCGCUGGCCGCCUACGGCUGGCCCAUGUACCUGAUGCGGAAGCCCGCCUGCGGCCUCUGCCAGCUGGCCAGGUCCUGCUCGUGCUGCCUAUGCCCCUCUCGGCCGCGGUUCGCGCCUGGCGUCACCAUCGAGGAGGACAACUGCUGCGGCUGCAACGCCAUUGCCAUCCGGCGCCACUUCCUGGACGAGAACCUGACAGCGGUGGACANGGCUCACGAGCCGCCCUCCUCCCAGGUGUACGAAACCCCCUUCUAUGUGGCGGUGGACCACGACAAGAAGAAGGUGGUGAUCAGUAUUCGGGGAACCCUGUCCCCCAAGGACGCCCUCACGGAUCUGACAGGUGACGCCGAGCGCCUGCCCGUGGAUGAGGACGCCAUGGAGUACUCCAAGGAAUUUGUGACGGCCGUGGUUCUGGGCAAAGACCUUGUCCCCAGGAUCGGCCUGUCGCAGCUGGAGGGCUUCCGCAGACAGCUCCUGGACGUCCUGCAGCGGAGCACCAAGCCCAAAUGGCGAAUCAUCGUGGGAGCCACGAAGUGCAUCCCCAAGUCGGAGCUGCCCGAGGAGGCGGAGGUGACCACCAUGGCCAACACGCGGCUCUGGACCCACCCCAGCGACCUGACCAUCGCCCUGUCGGCCAGCACCCCCCUCUACCCGCCCGGCCGCAUCAUCCACGUGGUGCACAACCACCCCGCGGAGCAGUGCUGCUGCUGCGAGCAGGAGGAGCCCACAUACUUCGCCAUCUGGGGCGACAACAAGGCCUUCAACGAGGUGAUCAUCUCCCCGGCCAUGCUGCACGAGCACCUCCCCUACGUGGUCAUGGAGGGGCUCAACAAGGUGCUGGAGAACUACAACAAGGGGAAGACGGCCUUGCUCUCUGCUGCCAAGGUCAUGGUCAGCCCCACCGAGGUGGACCUCACCCCCGAGCUCAUCUUCCAGCAGCAGCCGCUGCCCGGGCGCCUGGGGGACUCGCCCAGCCCGCAGGUGCUGGAGUUCGCGGAGUUCAUCGACAGCCUCUUCAACCUGGACAGCAAGAGCAGCUCCUUCCAGGACCUGUGCCGCAUGGUGGUGCCCGAGAGCCCCACCAGCGACUACGCCGAGGGCCCCAAGUCCCCCGGCCAGCAGGAGAUCCUGCUCCGAGCCCAGUUCGAGCCCAACCUGGUGCCCAAGCCCCCGCGGCGCUUUGCGGGCUCCGCCGACCCCUCCUCGGGCAUCUCGCUGUCGCCCUCCUUCCCGCUCAGCUCCUCGGGGGAGCUCAUGGACCUGACGCCCACGAGCCUCAGCAGCCAGGACUGCCUGGACAAGAUCCGGACUCCCAGCCCGCCCGGCGGGGCCGGGGGGCAGCAGGAGGACCUG